GUGUGGGACACACCCCUUGGCGGGGGAGCGGAGAUCAGUGUGUGUGCGGGACACAGGACGGGCGGGAUGGUGCUCACCAGCUCCCAGCACAUCCUCCUGGCAGUGUCCCUGGCACUGUGCAUGUGCUUCCUAGUGCCCAGGAUGAUAGGCGGGCCAGGGGAGGCGGGCAAGAAGGAUCCCAGGAGGAUGGCAACUCCCUUCAGAGGACACUCAGAGAGUCCUAAAGGACACAUGCAUGCGGCUGGAUCAGAAAAGGGCUCCUCUAACAUGGAUCAUAUUAAAAGUGCAAUGGAACAAGAGAUGAAGUCUGCGAGGACAGGGGAAAGUCGAAGCGUGGCAUUCGCUCUUAUGCCCCUUUAUGCCGUGGGAGUGGCAGUUUUUGCAGCUUACAAGUUCACAAAAAUUAAGUCAAAUGAAAACAGCAAAUCUAAGUCAGUGGAAGAAGAAGAUAAAAAGACAAAACAGACAGAGAGUCAGCUUGUGGAGCUAGAACGGCACCUUUCACAAACUGAGCAAAUGUUAAAUUCUAUACUCACACAACUGGACCCACUAACUAAUUGUGUGAGCACAUUGGCUGUUGACCAGAAAAGUGAAAUCAUGAAUCAGCUGCAAUCUAUCAGACGGUUAAUGAAGAAAAGUGGAAUAGAUAAAGCAGCUCCUCAGAACUCGGCUAACCAAACCUGUGAAAAUACACUUGAAAACCUGAUUCAUUCAUUUGCCACUCAGCCGUCAGAAGUCCAUGAAAACUAUGCUGAAAGUAAAAGUGAGGAAUCUCUACUAAACACAUUGGACACAGAUAUAAGUGCACACAAUCCUGUUACAGAAGAGUCAUCUCUGAAUGAUCUCUCUGAAGGGGAAGAUGAAGAUGAUGCUACAAGUCCUGUUUCUGAAGGGUUAAGAAAGCGCAAUGUCUAAGUAGUACAUGAAAGACUAUGUACUGUAUUUCUGUGCCUUGUUUUCUUUCAGGAUUGUUUUUAUACGUCUUUUAUUUGUCACUUGCUAAGUUACAUGCUUUAUGAAUUGGUGCAAUAAAGGGCAAGUGGUUUGUUUUCAA